AUGUACGUUUCGCCAAAUUUUCAAGUAAGACAUCGAUUUUGAUAAAUAAUUUCAUUAUAAUAUUAUUAAAGUAAAAAAAAAUUGGCAAAAAAACGGAGGCUAGAAAUUCAAUUGUAAUUCAGUCGCUACGAGACCCAUAUGUGCGCCUUUGACUUUGUUUCUCUGCCCAAUGGAGUGGUCUCGAAACGGUGUUAGUGACGCAGAGGAAUGCCGUACUUGUGGAAUUUCUGGCCUCUCUUUUUUUGCCAAUGUUUUUUAAUUUGAUAGAAGUUAUCAAAAAUUUGAAAAAUGCUUCUCUCAUCUCUAACACCCUCCCAAAUUUCCAGCAUCUCUCAACACCUCUCGGCUUCUUCCUCGGCUUCUCCGUCAACGCCUCCAUCAACAUUUGGUGUCUCGUCGCAUCGCAAUGCGCGCCCAAAAAUCAAGCCGGCACCUGCUCCGCGUUCAUCAGCUUCAUCGCCGCAGCCGGCUCAAUAUUCGCUGGCUCACCAAUGGCAAUCAUCGUCGACAAAUUCGGCGGCUCUCAAUUCGGCUUCCAACAAUUGCUCAUCUUACAAAUCGUGUUCGUCCUAUCACUUUCAAUCCUCAAAAUACCAUUAACAUUAUAA